GGACAUCGCUAUAUUGCUCGGGUCGGGUGUUUCUCUCAUAUAUAUAUCCUAUAGGUCACUGCAUCCGUUAAACAUUCAUUAACGCGACGAGCAGCAGAUAUGGCACAAACUAAAAUUAACGCUAAAAUGAACGAUAAAGGCAAGUUCACCCGAACCAUGUCAAUGGCGGACCGGUCCGGACGCUUACUGGAAAAUCUGGAUCAAAUUGAAAUGAGGGUGGAGGCGUUUCGCGAGGAAGCCACUGCUAUGGAGCAGGAGAGAGAGAGCUUGAUCGAGAUGAUCCAGUCCAUACAGAACAGCCAGGAGAUGAGGAACAUCUGUGACGGGGAACGGGAAGAGCUCUCUCUGACCGCCAGCAGACUCAUGGGCAGGGCUUUGACAGUGCACGUGUCUGUGGACACCAUCAGGAGUGGCCAGCAGGAGGAGGCCCUGAAGAACGCCAUCGCCAUGAUUGAUGAGAUCGCUGGGAAGCUGCUGGAGGACAUGGAGGCGUCUAGGAGAAGACUUCAGGCUCUUCACGCCGCGUGUGUGACCGACGCUCCACCCGUGCCUGUGGACCAGAAGUUUCAGAGCGUCGUGAUCAGCUGCGCUCUGGAGGACCAGAAGAAGAUCAAGAGGCGUCUCGAGACCCUCAUCAGGAACGUGGACAAUGCCGAGAAAACCAUUAAAGUUAUGGAUAACCAGACAGUUGAUUAUUCUAGUCUUGCCAACGGCAAAUAAAGUGCAUUAGUGCCUGACCACUUUUUCUAUGGCCUUGUUCCGGAACUAUUUUUCCCAUUCAUUUUCCCCAUAUGUAAAAAAAAAAAAAAAAGUGUUCAGGUGUGUCCCAAUAAUGGAUGCGUUCCAACUAUUUUCCCCAUUCAUUUUUCCC